AUGUUCCAACAGCUCGUGGGUAUCAACACAGUGAUGUACUACAGCGCCAGCAUCAUUUCCAUGGCUGGUAUCGCGUCCAGUUCGAAUCCGAAGCGCCGUGAUACGACAGUUGUCUGGAUGUCGGCACUCGUCGCUUUUGCCAACUUUGCUUUCUGUUCCACCAGUCCGUUUCUGAUCUCCCGUUUUCGUCGACGCACUUUGCUUCUGGCCAGUCUGACCGGAGUUCUGGCUAGCCUAAUCUUCUUGGGUGUCACAUUUCAACUAAUAGCCUCUUAUUCCGUUCCGGUGACUUUGGUUGAAAAUGAACCCAACACAUUGGCAACAAAGGUGGACUGCUCAUUGGCGUAA